AUACAGUCAGAGGGGAUAUUUACAGUUACAGCCACCACUGGACUGGACUUUAGGGACUUGAUUAUCUUGCUGUGGUAGUUUUGGUUUAAAAUCAAACAAACAAAACUUAUUCUGCCACCUGGGGUUUACUGCCCCAGAAGGAGAUUCAAAUUUAGCCUAGCUGAGGCAGAGCCACAGAUUCUACUCACUACCAAAGUCCAUACUGCACCAUGGCUCAGUAUGAUCAACUUGAGGAUAAGGACUCUCUGGAUAUCCAUGAUAACCCACCAGUGCCUGAUAAUGUGGUCAAAGAAGAUGACAACACUGUAUAUUUUGUGUAUGAUGAAGAAGUAGAAGAAGAAGAGGCUCCCCCUCCUCCAACUCCUGAGCCUGUGGUUCUAGUGAAUGACAGGCCACAUAAGUUCAAAGAUCACUACUGCAAGAAACCCAAGUUCUGUGAUGUCUGUGCUCGAAUGAUUGUCCUCAAUAACAAAUUUGCUCUGCGCUGCAAGAACUGCAAGACCAGUAUUCACCAUGCAUGCCAAUCCUAUGUGGAAUUCCAGAGAUGCUUUGGCAAAAUACCCCCAGGUUUCAGGCGAGCAUACAGCUCCCCUUUGUAUGAUCAGGAGAUAAAUAACCCUGGACAGCAAAAUCGCAAUGACCCAGUGUUCGACACUCUGCGAACUGGAGUUAUCAUGGCAAAUAAGGAGAGAAAGAAAAGUUCAGAAGAUAAAAAGAAUAUGAUGAUGAUGAUGAUGGAGGAGGAAGAAGAGGCUCAGCAACCCAAAGAGGGUGAAGAGGGGGGUGAAGGAAAGCAGGAUGCAGAUAAAAAAGACAAGGCAGCUGCAGAUGACAAGAAUAAAAAGCAGCAGCAGACCUUUAGUCAGUCCCACUACUACCUGGCUCUGUACCGUUUCAAAGCAAUUGAAAAGGAUGACCUGGACUUCCAUCCUGGUGAUCGUAUUACAGUGAUUGAUGAUUCUAAUGAAGAAUGGUGGAGGGGUAAGAUUGGGGAGAAAACAGGUUACCUUCCCAUGACUUACAUCAUCAGGGUGCGUGCAGGAGAGAGAGUGUAUAAGGUGACACGCUCCUUUGUGGGGAACAGGGAGAUGGGUCAGAUCACACUAAAGAAAGACCAGAUAGUGGUGAAGAAAGGAGAGGAGGUGAAUGGCUAUCUGAAAGUCAGUACAGGCCGUAAACUCGGCUUCUUCCCUGCUGAUCUACUACAGGAGAUCUAAAUGACAACAUAGCAUUGCAAUGUUUGCUACAACAUGGAUGAUGACAUGGACAUGAUCCAAGCAACCCUUGGCCCUUCGAACACACACUAUGUGUCUUGAUGAUACAGUUUACAUAAUAUAUUUAAUAUUCAUAACUGAGAAGAAAAUAAAGAUGUGCAGAAAACUGAGAAGAAUUAUAAUUUGUUCUUAAAUGUAUAAUUUAUAUAAUAUUAAAAAAAUUAUUU